AUGGCUCCCAGGAAGUCACUCGAGAAGGAUGAUGUCGAUAUCGUCGACCAGGAGGCUAUUCACCUGGAGGGUGCAUCUCAAGUCAUUGAAAUUGGAACCUUUCAUGUCCUAGGCUUGAGUUCUCACGAUGCUGAGUUCUUUUCCAACUACCCCGAGGAAAAGCGGAAGAAAGUCUUUCGCAAUGUUGAUGUUCGACUCGUCCCUAUGUUGGCACUUCUGUACUUGAUCUGCCACAUCGACCGUGCCAACAUUGGCAAUGCGAAGAUAGAGGGCAUGGUCGAUGACUUGGGCAUGACGGGUGUGCAGUACAACACUGUCCUAUCUAUCUUCUUCAUCCCUUAUGUUCUGUUCGAAGUUCCCAGUAACAUUCUGCUCAAGAAAUUCAAACGCCCCUCGGUGUACCUUGGUAUCCUCAUCGUUAGCUGGGGUAUUGUAAUGACUUGCACGGGCUUGGUUCAGAACUUCGGUGGUCUGAUGACUACCCGGGUCUUGCUCGGUAUUUUCGAGGCUGGAUUCUUCCCCGGCGCCAUCUAUCUAUGCUCUUAUUGGUACAUGCCCAAGGACUUGGCGACUCGGAUUUCCUACUUUUACUGCGCAAGCGCACUGUCUGGUGCUUUCUCGGGCCUGCUGGCUGCGGCUAUUGCUCAAAUGGACGGUAUUGCUGGACUCGAAGGAUGGCGAUGGAUCUUCCUCUUAGAAGGUCUUGCUACCGUAGCACUCGGCAUUGCCUGUUUCUUCCUGCUCAUCGACACUCCCGCUCUAUCCACGCGCUGGCUGAGCCCUGAAGAAAUCCGAUACUUGGAGCUCUCCAUGUUCAUCAAGCAGGGAGGAAAUUUCCACGAGGAAUCCGGCGUCAAAUGGAGGGACCUCAAGAUGGUGCUCAUGAACUGGAGGGUUUACGUCCAGGCUUAUUUCUUGCUGUGCCAGUCGGCUCUUUCUUAUGGUACCAAGUUCACCCUUCCGACCAUCACCAAAGCCAUGGGUUUCAGCUCAACCAAUGCCCAGCUUACUUCGGCUCCUCCAUAUGUUGCCGGUGCGAUAUCGGCUAUCGUCUUUGCGCGACUCUCCGAUCGUUUCUACUGGCGAAUGCCUUUUGUGGCAAUACCCAUGAUCAUUGUAACAAUUGGCUAUGCUAUUGUCAUAUCACUGCACGGAGCUCUCGAAACAAGGAAAGGAGUAGCUUACUUCUCGGUCGUUUUUGCUGUCAUGGGUAUUUAUCCAAUUCAAGCAGCGGCUGCCUCUUGGAACUCAAACAACAUUGCACCUGCCUCCCGACGAGCUAUUGGUAUUGCGCUCAUGAACUGCGUCGGCAAUGUCGGCGGCAUCGUGGGUAGCUUUAUGUAUAUCGAAGCCGAGAAACCCAAAUACUACACAGGGUUCGGUCUCAGUUUGGCAUUUGGUGGAACCGGACUCAUUGUUGCUCUUUUGCUUGAGUGGAGUUACAUGGUGGCAAAUGCAAAGAAGGCGAAGAUUGCGGAGGAGGCGAGAGUCAAGUACACGGAGGAAGAAUUGUUUGACAUGGGAGACAAAUCCCCGCUGUUCAAGCAUGUCCUGUAA